CCAAUGAGGGAGGGAAGGGGGCGGGCGGCAGGUAGGUGCUGGCGGUGGGAUAUUGCCAGUAUCCACCCUCGGCCCCCUUUCCGCUUGACUCCCCCUCCCCCGCCCCCGGGCCGCGCUGUGCUGGCUGGGAGCUGCGGGGCGGCCGCCGAGGAGGCGGUGCGGGGACGGGAGACCGGCCGCAGGCUCAGCAACGCAAUAACUGCAUCGCCACCCUGAGUUCCGCUGUGGGUGUGUCUGAGGUACCUGAGUCACAGGCUCUUGCCAUGACCAUUGAGGAGGAAGAUGGGGGAGAUGUAACUGGGGACGCCCAGCUACGCCACGAACCAGGGUCUGUUUGAGAGUCCACCGCUGUCUAGUCAGUCCUAGUAUCUGAGCAUGAGUGUGCCUGAUGCAGGAGAAGGAACCUUGGCUGAUGCUGUUGCGGCCUUGAGGGAUUGCCCUUCCACACCUGCGGAGUGUCUGAGCCAGAUAAGGAAGAGAAAGAAGAGGACUUGAGAUGACCUGUUCAGUGAGAUCCUGCAAGCAGUGCUGCAUCAGACCAUAAACAGAGGGUUUGGAGAGGUGCUGAAAACUCACUGGAAACAUGGGGUCUGAAAACCCAAGUCCACAGAAUCCUGGCUGUAAGAUCAUGACCUUCCGUCCCACCCUAGACGAGUUUCGGGACUUUGGGAAAUAUGUUGCCUACAUCGAAUCGCAGGGAGCUCAUAGGGCAGGGCUUGCCAAGGUGAUUCCUCCCAAGGAAUGGAAGCCCCGAAAGACUUAUGAUGACAUCGAUGAUAUGGUCAUCCCAGCGCCUAUCCAGCAGGUGGUGACUGGGCAGUCAGGGUUAUUCACCCAGUAUAAUAUACAGAAGAAACCCAUGACGGUGGGAGAAUACCGGCGUCUGGCCAACAGUGAGAAGUACUGUACUCCUCGUCACCAAGAUUUUGAAGACCUGGAACGCAAAUACUGGAAGAAUCUGACGUUCGUCUCACCAAUUUAUGGGGCAGAUAUCAGUGGCUCGCUAUAUGAUGCAGAUGUAGAAGAAUGGAAUAUUGGGAAUCUGAACACCUUGUUGGACAUGGUGGAGCAUGAGUGUGGGAUUAUCAUAGAAGGUGUGAACACCCCCUACCUUUAUUUUGGCAUGUGGAAAACAACAUUUGCAUGGCAUACUGAGGACAUGGAUCUCUACAGCAUCAACUACCUGCAUUUUGGGGAGCCGAAAUCCUGGUAUGCCAUACCACCAGAGCAUGGCAAGCGAUUGGAACGCCUGGCAAAAGGAUUUUUCCCAGGAAGCUCUCAGGGAUGCGAUGCCUUCCUUCGCCACAAGAUGACCCUCAUUUCACCCUCCAUCUUGAAGAAAUAUGGCAUCCCAUUUGACCGGAUCACCCAAGAGGCUGGAGAGUUUAUGAUCACAUUUCCUUACGGCUACCACGCGGGAUUCAACCAUGGCUUCAACUGCGCUGAGUCCACCAACUUUGCCACACUGCGGUGGAUUGACUAUGGCAAAAUGGCUACCCAAUGCACGUGCCGCAAAGACAUGGUGAAGAUUUCCAUGGAUGUUUUUGUGAGGGUUCUACAACCGGAACGUUAUGACUUGUGGAAACAAGGGAAAGAUGGUGCUAUUCUGGACCACAUGAAACCCACAGCUCUGACCAGCCCAGAGCUGGAUGCCUGGAAUGAGACAAAGCCUGAGCUGAAAGCUAAGCUGCUCCGCAGGAUGGGAGAUGAAGAAGAGGACAACAAACAAAAUUACCGGUCUCACAGAAAAAGAAGUCAACCCAGAAGGCAUAAAACGGAGGAUCAGAAGUCUCUUGGGGAAGUCAUAGCUAUGGAGACUGCCCUGGAAGAAGUCAAAAUGAAGGAGGAGCUGAAAAGAGGGCCAGACCUAGAUGAAGAGGAGAGAAGUAAAGUGACUGAGGGGGGAGAAGGAGACAGCAAGGUAAAGGGCCGUCCCCCAAAAGUAAAAGGUGAGAGAAAGAAGAAGCACCCUCACCAUCAGCACCACCACCAUCACAGUCAUCACCUGCAGCCACCUCAGCCUCCUUUGCAGCAGCAGCAGCUGCCACCGCCGCCUCCACAGCCACAGCAGCAACCAGCAGGGGAAGAGGCACCAGCAGCCCGGCCACUGAUUCCUGCAGCAGCACCAGCAUCAGCCACGGCAGAGAAGAGCUUACCCUCUGCUCCCCUCAAUAUCGUCCUGCCCUCAGAGGUGCCAAGCGAGGAGGAUGACUUUAAGCCCCGCCCCAUCAUUCCCAUGCUUUAUGUGGUUCCACGGACCAAAAAGGUGGUCUUUGAAAAGGAGCGCAUAUCCUGCCAGCAGGCCUUUGAGCAGUUUGCCACACAAAAGGGCCAGGUUUGGCGGGAGCAGGUGGUCCCUUUGGAGCUCACUGUGAAGGAGGAGGAGAGCGGAGAAGCAGAAAAUGCGGAUGUUGCCACUGAGGUCAGUGACUUACAGGCCACUUCUGCUUUUUCAAAAAUGAAGAUGGAGAUAAAGAAAAGUCGCCGUCACCCACUGGGCAAACCACCAACCCGCUCCCCAUUGUCUGUGGUUAAACAGGAGGCCUCAAGUGAUGAGGAAACGUUUCCAUUUUCCGGGGAGGAGGAUGUGAGUGACCCAGAGGCUUUGAAGUCUUUACUUUCCCUGCAGUGGAAGAAUAAAGCACAUAACUUCCCAGCUGAGCGAAAAUUCAAUGCAGCUGCUGCCCUGAGUGAGCCCUACUGUGCUGUCUGUACCCUCUUCUACCCUUAUAACCAGUCCUUACAGAUGGAUAAAGAGUCUGUCCAGGUCUCCACAGGGGAGAGCUCCUCCUUGCUCCAGCUUUCAAAGUGUGGACAGAAGACAAAGCCUCUGAUCCCUGAGAUGUGCUUUACCUCAGGUGGUGAAAACACAGAGCCCCUUCCUUCAAACUCGUACAUUGGAGAAGAUGGAACCAGCCUCCUGAUAUCCUGUGCCAAGUGCUGCCUGCAGGUUCAUGCAAGUUGCUAUGGAAUACGUCCUGAUCUGGUGAAUGAAGGCUGGUCUUGUUCACGGUGCUCAGCCAAUGCAUGGGCAGCGGACUGCUGCCUGUGUAAUCUCAGGGGAGGAGCUCUUCAAAUGACCACUGAUGGAAGGUGGAUCCAUAUAAUCUGUGCUAUUGCUGUCCCAGAGGCCCGUUUCCUCAACGUAAUAGAGCGCCAUCCUGUGGACAUCAGUGCUAUUCCAGAGCAGCGGUGGAAACUGAAAUGUGUGUACUGCCGGAAGCGGAUGAAGAAGGUGUCUGGUGCCUGCAUUCAAUGCUCCUACGAGCACUGCUCCACUUCCUUCCAUGUGACCUGUGCACAUGCCGCUGGGGUACCCAUGGAGCCGGAUGAUUGGCCAUAUGUUGUGUCCAUCACUUGCUUCAAACAUAAAGCAGCCAACCACAAUAUCCAGUUUCGGAGGGAGGUAUCGCUGGGGCAGACUGUGAUUACGAAGAACCGCAAUGGACUCUACUACAGGUGUAAAGUAAUUGGCAUGACAACGCAAACCUUCUAUGAAGUGAACUUUGACGAUGGCUCUUACAGCGACAACGUUUACCCGGAAAGCAUUACUAGCAGAGACUGCAUUCAGAUGGGACCCCCUCCAGAAGGCGAGUUGGUUCAGCUGCAGUGGACUGAUGGAAUCAUCUAUAAGGCCAAGUUCAUUGCAGCCCAGAUCAGUCAGAUUUAUCAGGUGGAGUUUGAAGAUGGCUCCCAGCUGAUGGUAAAACGUGGCGAUAUUUACACGUUGGAGGAGGAGCUUCCUAAGAGAGUGAAAUCUCGCCUGUCCCUCAGCACUGGGGCCCCUCAGGAAGGAGUGUUUUCCGGAGACGAAGUGAAAGCCGCCAAGCGCCCCCGAGUGGGGAAUUCCAGGAAUCCCGAGGACUAUGGACAGAACCCAGAUUACUUGGCCUUCAUGGAGACCCUGCUGCAGACGCAGUACCAGCCAGGACCACAGAGCAACAUGUUUUAACCAGGAUUAAUAAUAAUAAUUAAAAAAUUAACCCUUUUCAACCCUGAGGAAAAAUAACCAGGAAACUGUGGAACAAAAGGCCAGCCCCGUGCAAUAGCCUGCUGUGAAUUCCUUUCUUCGGCUCUCGGUUUGGACUGCAAGAAAAUCCUGUCUGGCUACAGGCUACCUCUACUCUGUCAGCUGCAUUGCUGACCAAUAGAAUAGGGAGCUCAAAACCCCUUCAGACAGCAUUUCACAUGAAGACUUCGGAAGAGUUUGUACUAGUGGAGCUUUGCGACUGGCUCCUUUUUCUUUUUUUUUUUAAGGUUUGGAAAGGGUUAAAAUUAAUGAAAAAUGAAAUGACUCAGAUUUUUAAACCACAUCAAACUCUUUUGUCUUUAAAAGGUGCUAUUUCCCUGACUACUGAAGCAGCCUUUGAACCCUGAUUUCUGUACAUAUAAAUCACCUUUGUGACGUUUUCUAUAAAUGAGCAUUAUUAAGAAAAAAAAAACACAAACACAAAUAGGAAAGCAACAAUUUCCACAAAUAAUUUUUUCUAGAUCGUGGCUUUAAAACAGAAAAAAAUAAAAUCAUUUCUCCCUCCUCCCCACCACUGAAAUGUAAUUUAACACUGCAGUGGGGAGAGAGAACAAGAGCAGACAUCGUGGGUUGUUUUUUAAAGCAAUGUUUUCUUUGUAACCUGGGGAAGCGGGGAAAGAAAUGUCUCAUAACCCGAAUGUUGUUGCAGUCGAUGAAUUAGACCGUGGGUGUGUGCAUUUCUGCCCUGUCGUCAGCAAAGGGCAACCAGUGGGGAAAUGGCUGGACAUUAGUGUUUGCUCCUUCUACUCCUCUUCCUUGCCUUUUCCUUCCCCAUCUUUGCAAUCACUUAGACUCUGCGGCCUCAAGCGUGCAUGCCUUUCGAUUCAGAUAUGCCACUUGAUUCUUCCCCUCACCGAUCUGGCAGGCAUUGUUCUGUUGCUGCCAUCCCCUUUAAGAGCUGCCACCCCCACCUUUCUAUCGAGAGUGGCGUGCAAGGGGAUUGUUCUGGCUCUCUAUUAGGCAUGGCUCCCAGAGGAACUUUUUCCUUUUCUUUUUCUUUGGUUUUGAGCUGUGCAGCUUACAGUUGCGUGAAUCAUUCCAUGACAGAAGCCUUGGAGGUGUGUGUAUAUUCUCUUCUUCCCCCUCCCCCCAUUAAAGAAGAAAUUCCCCAAACGCCUUCAAUUGCUGUGACAUCCUUUACUUGGGUAAGGAGUGAGCCUUUGAGAUGCUCCUGGUGAAGCGGGAUGAAAGCCUGCAUUUGUUUGGGCUCAGUUCAUUGAGUAUUAAAAUGAGUGUUAAAGUCAGAAACAAAUCUUGAAAUACUGAGUAGGCAGCUCCCACCUGAACUCUGUGUAAGCACCUCCUCCUGUAGAACUGUUAUGGAACAGUGUUGCAUAAAAGGCCUUAUCCAAAGCCCAUCAAAGUUGGUGGAAAGAGACUCCUACUGACUUCAGAGGGCUUUGAAUCAGGUUUGAAGUGAAGAGAAAUAAGUAGACUUCGAGGAGAACUGCAGGGAGAUGAGGCUGCUGCAGUGUGUGUGCAUGGGGAUGGGGACAUGGUACUUAUACAGCACAUAUUCAGUCCCACCUUUGUGUCUUUGCCUGUGAGUUGACAAAGCUAUCCAGGAAACGCGUCCUCAGCAAUCUUUUUCACUUGAGUCCCAGAAAUUUCUGAGCAGGGAGGAACAAUACUCUCUUUUUUUUAAGCCCCCUUGUAAUACAGUCAAUAUAUAUUUUUUUAAGUGACUGUGUUUAGAUAUCUUCAUGGGAACGUGGGAAGCAUUUGCGGGAUAACACAGUAAUUAUUAGCAUCUUAAGAGACUGGACGGAUAUUCAGCUGUCCCAGUCAGAGAAUGGAAAUGGAGUGAAGUGUUCUUUCUUGGGGGAAUUAGAAUUCCCUUCAUUUCUUGCUGCCUCUGCUGAGAGGUGUUUUUUGCAUUUUUUUUUUUUUUAAGUGUGUGUUAUAACACAGUGUGAAAUCCUUUUAGGUAGUUUUGUUCUUGUUUUUUUUCUUUAUUUUAAGUUUUCAAUUUCUCCAAACGAAUCUGUCUCCAAAAAAGCAUUAGACUGAAUUUAUCAAAGAAGAAUGUACUUUUUUUUUUUUUUUUUUUAAGGAAAAAAGGACUGUUCUUAAAAGCCUCGUUCUGUGUCAUUUUGGAUAGAAGACGAAUUAGAACCUAGCUGAAGUCUCUCUCCUUUAUUUUGUGCCGCACCUGUAUAGCGAUUACUCCUGCGUAGCUGUCUCCUGUUGGCUAGAACAAGAUUUAAAAGAUAAUUUGCUUGUAUAAAAGAAAAAAUGGAUGUUUUAAUGGUUGCCAGGCCACAGAGAAAUAUUUAAAACAAUUGAAAGAGAAUUUAAACAGCAGAGGAUUUUUUUGUUUUUGUUUUGGAAGUGGGGAGGGGGAAGGGAGGUAGGGCGGGAUUGGUUGGGAGCAGUGGGCGGAUUUCCUCUGCAUGUUAAAAAAAAAAAAAAAAAAAAAAAAGAGUCCUGACUGAAGUAGCAUCAUUACUGUAUUCAUAUGUAGUACCUUUUUUAAAUACUAUUUAUAUUGUAAAAACAAAAAACAAAAAAAGUGUGUUUCCCUGACCCCAUAUUCAGAUGGUGAGUUAUGUUUAAACGUGAAUCUGGAACUGUAGAAUGCCCUUCUUUGUUGCUGGGUUUUUCCUGUUUUGUUUGUUCUUAAAGCCCCCUUUUGGUUCAGGAAUGACUUGUGCAGUUUAUCUAUAAUGACCAUGUUGAAGGUUUCUGUGCAUCAGACUAUGGAAAAGGAAAUAGGAAAUGCACACUUCUUCCCCACCCCCCAGUGAAAUAUAUUUGUAAGUGUCUGAUUAUGUGCUAUAAAAUUAUUGAUUUUUUUCCUCUUAGAUUAAGAAUGUGAUGUAUUUUUUUGCAUUUUUUUUCUCUGCCUCUAGGUUCAUAAUGAAUUAAAGGCUGUUGAGCACUUCAGAAUUACAGUUUUUAGGAGGUUGAAGUCUCUUCAUUUCUAUAUAAAAGCUACUGUGCUGAAGGGGAAGAAAUCUCCCAAGUCAGAGUGGUUGGUGAAAGCUGACCAGUAACUCGGUCAUGAGAAUCUGAGCGCAACAGAGGACCUCAGAUUCAUCCACUAGACAACUGCCAGCAAAGAAUGAACCUGACUUGAUCCUAGAUACAGGAGGAUUCACAGAUAUUUUGAAGAGAUGAUAGUGGCCGCUGGCAAACCAUGGAACCACACAGGGAAUGAGGGGUAGGGGAGUUCGGAUCUAUUUGCAGAACUCCAGUGUACAGGUGAUGAUCCAGAGGGGUAGAAAAUAAACAAUCUGUCAGUGAAAAGCGGUUUGAUGAGGAAAGCAGUUUCCUCCCCUCUCAACAGGAGGUCAUUACAAAUACCAUCACUAGACAGCUUGAUAGCCCAGCUGGAGGAGCAAUGGUCUUCCACCUGUACUUCUGAACAGAGGGAAAUGGGAGCAUGUGGCACCUAACCUACAACACCCAUAAGGCACUGUAGAGCAUGGGGAAAUCUCAACUCCAGGUACCAAAGAGCUAACUAUUGGGCCGCCACUCUGUGUGUCCAUCAGAGUUCAUCUUCUCCAGAAGGUACUAAAGGAAUAAGACUAGCCAGUAAUGGAGGAAUAACAGCCAAACAAAAGACAACACAACUGCCCUGUGGCCAAGAGCUGAUAUUCCAAAAUGUAAAUCAGGCACGAUACACCCCUGAAUGGGAUCCUGAAUAUGUUUCUAAAAUAGGGACGGCAUAGGUCAGCUCUGAAGGAUCACAGCUGUCUUCCACCUGUCCCAAAAAUGGCGUGGAUCCAAGUGACCAGUCAUGCUACUAGUUUAAUUGGAAAGAGAUGGCAGAGUGAAACUUACAGGCAAGGGUGGUAAAAUUGAUAGUGGAAACCGGGGACCACCUGCUACAUCUGAGGAUUGGAGAGAAUGUCCGUGACCAGGCAGAAUCUCUCUCAUCUCCUUUCAAACCUCAGUUCCUUUUUCCUCUUCAUUUUGUUUAAGUGGAGAAGGGAUUUGCAUAGAUUCCACACUAGAACACCGGUGUCUGCUAGGCCAUUCUCGCAAUUGAUAAUCCUCUGGGUCAGAAUGGCCUUCUUGACAUCUUUCUUCUUUCCACUUACGCUUGGUGCUCCUGGUGUGUGGGUUACACUAUAGACAGGAAUUUGGGUUGACAUCAUCUCUACUACUGGAGAACGUACACCCUUCAUGUAGAUUUCCUCUCAGUUGGCCUUUUCUAAAAGUUCCAUGGCCCCAUUGGUUUGGCGUGGACGAGUCUAGUGUAAGCAGGACUGCAAGAUGGGAAAGGGAUAGUCCUGGUCAGAAUUUUUCACUGAGCGAAUAAUUGAUUUUUUCAUUCAGUCACUGAAUGAAAAAAAGUCUUGAAAAAAAUUGUUUUGGAAUGAAUUAAAUGGUUUGUUUGACCCAAAUUUUUUUUUGGCUUAUUGUUUCGUUAUGUUUCCAGGUGUUUUUUACCCUUUUAAAAUAUUUGUAAACAAAACUAACUAAAUUUCUAAACAAAACAUCAUUUUGAAAUGAAAAGUUGAAACAUUUCAUUUAGAAAACGUCCAAACUGUUUUGAGGUUUUUUUUUUAAAAAAAAAAAAAUAAAAUAAAAUUCAUGCUAAAUCUGGGCUGAAUUUGUGAAUAGUUUUGGUCUCCCUGAAAGUGCAUUUUUCAGUAAUUAAUUGACUGAAGAAUGCUGCCUAGCUGUUGUCACAAUGCUUUUGUUUCUUGUUACAAUGUAGCGUUUGGAACGAAGAUGGGUGUUGAAGUGCUGCUAUGGGGAAUAUCACCUCUGUGGUAUUUUGUAUGUGUGGAAUCAGUUUAGUACAAGACUUUCCUGCUUUCAUGGGCUUUGCUCUUAUAAUGAAGAGAUUUCAUUUUACAUUUGCUUUUCUAAAUGGCUUCCUCUGCUAGCGAUUGUUUUUUGGAAAGGUUUACUUAUUUCCCAGCUGCUGUUCCAAUUCUCUGUAACAUUCACUUUAGGAUAGUUUGUCUGGUACUUACUUAUUCUGCGUUCAGUAGGAAUUUUUACAUCUCGCAAUACGGGAGAUGGUCAUGCCAUCUCUGAAAAGAUGGAGCAGAAAUAGCAGGCUGAAGACUGGUGAUGAAAACGAUUAGAGGCAUGGAGAGACUUCAGUAAUAGCGGAGAAAAAAUGGGGACCGUUUUAGUGCAGAGAGCAGAAGAAUUGGUAGGCAAUUGAUGGAACGCACUGAACGGUGCAGAGAAGGAAAAUUGGAGAUUCCUUUUUGCCUUCUGAUGAUACAGUAAAGGGACAUUUGAAGUACACAAAUGUAUAAUUGAUAAAAAGAAACACUUUCCUUUUACACAGUGCCUAGCUUGUAGCCUUGAGUUCCAAAGGUUGGUUUUAUUAGAGUCCAAGAGCUCACUAGGAGUCAAAGGAUUAUGAGCCAUAUACAUGUCUGAGGAUAUCCAGGUACAAUAGACAGGAUUCAAAAUGGGGGAGAUUUUCCUUAUCUGUCUUUUUUUUCCCCCCUCCAGAUCCUCUGUGCUAGUUCAGAGGCUUAUGGUAAAUCUCCGCCAGCAGCUGGAGACUAUACAGUGUCAUUCCCUGUGUGGGAGGAGUUUGUCAGCCAGAUACUUGGAAAGCAG